AUAUCAUUAUACAGUACGUAAGGUCAUUGACCUUCAACCUUGAAAAAAAAACACUUUCCCCACCCCAUAUUCUUCCUAACUUUUGGGGGUUAAUGUUUACACCCAUACCUACUCAAAUCAAUUGAAAAAAAACAUUUCCAAUAAUUUCAUUCCAGAUUGACUGAAAUAGGGUCUAAUUUCGGGUUACUGAUGAAUAGAUAAGUACCUAAGUAUAAAAACAGUCAAACAAAUUUUGGUAUGAAAAGGGAGAGUAACAACGAUCGCACAUUACUAUCUAAAAUAACAUACCAAAGAGAAAUAAAAACACGCGAAAUUUGUUUAUGAUGUUGGAUAUUGCUCUAUGGAUUCAGCUACAUGCAUGUCGUUGAUAUAUAGUCACGAUCUAUUGAACGUGAUUAUGAUGUCAUGAUGACGCAAGUCUUCAAGAAAUUCAUCUUAUAAUGCAUAUGCUUUAACUCGGUAUUGACAGUUGAAUGUUUGACACCAGGCACCACGGGAAGCCAACCAGCUCUAAAGCAGAUGAUAUAUAGUGGUUAUAUCACACACGUUAAGAAUGAAUUAUUUUGUCAUCUAAUAUUGCCAGCUUUGCAGGAUGGAGUUUCCAACGAUCUCUCCGAUUUUGGAAAUUAGCAUGGGUCUCAAGGAACAGUCGUUAUAUGAACCGAUUACCAGACCUACAAAAUUGCAAUCCAAAGAAAAGACAUGUAAGCGGGUAAGCAAUACGAAUGACGAAUCGGUCACGUGUAAGGAAACGAGAUUUAAAAAGAAACAUGUAAAUUUAAAUCGGCAUAGUCCUACAAUUAACACGACAUCGUCGAUAUUCAUACACAAUGGCAACAACAUUCCGUCGUAUAUCUCGGAUUGCCCAUGGCUACAAGAAUGUUAUUAUACGAGUCUAGGCGUGUGUCAGUCGGGCACCAGGGAAUGCGAGACAUCUGAUUUUGAAAGUGAUCUCGAUCAAAAUCAUGAAGAUGAUGAACUUACAAAACCUCGCGUCAAUGACAUUCUUAUAAACAUUGCUUCCAUGGUUUUGCUACCUUCAGAGAAAACGAAGAACGAUGGGAAAGUGCGUAUUGUAAAGCAUAAUUCUUGCCCACCUUCUCCCGCUAUUACUUCUACCAAAGAAAGAGAUCGGUGCCAAGCUCAGCAUGGAAACGUCGGGAGGCACUUCCUCUCCGAUCACGUACAUCCACAGGAUAUGAAAAUGUCUAAACUCAGUUGCACACCCCAGCCAACCCAGCUUCUCGUUUUGCCUCAAAUUGACGCCAAAAGAAAUUUUCACCCUCGUACCCCAAGAGAAAGUACAUCGAAGAAGAAAAAGGCUUGGGGAUCAGCGGAAUCACCUGUCAAGAACUUACAACCACAAUUCCGCGAAGGGGCAAAUAUUUCUGAGGUUCAGAGUACACCUAAAAACCAAUUUAAAUCCGGGUUAAUGAGAUCAACACGUGAACUUAUUGCCGGAAAGAAUGUUAGUAGCAACGAGACGGGUUUCGUCAAACGUGCCACAAAGAAGAAUACAUCCCUACCCCGUUCCCUACCAUCUUUUCGGGAAUAUAGCGUGAACAAACGUGACAAACACAAUGUCAGGUACAGUAGCGACAGCAAACUUGCUGCCAUCAAGACACAGUGUACUGAGGAUCAGACCAUGAUGAACGGAUCUAUUCUGAUGAGCUCCUCAAACCUUCGAAAAACAUAUGCUUCAAGGGCAGAACGUCUGGAGUACUCGCCUUUGACUAGCCUUAACACUGAUGUAGAUUUGGCUCGUUGUGUUAGUACACCGACGAUUCGUCUGCCCUCGGGACCAUGUCCUGAAAGAAGGUUACAGGGAAUGACUCUUAAUGCUCACCGAGUGAACCGAAAUAGCCCUCCAUAAGGCCUCCAAUAAGUGAUGAUUUGUGAAUUAACCAAUAAUAAGCUCUGUGGUCGCAGAAACUUGAAAGAAUGGAUGAAUAAGAACACCAAAGUACACCAAAUCUCGGCGAUCACCAAGUUGAUCCAGUGGUGUAGCUACGUGGGCUACACGUCUGGCAAAACAAUAGAAGAAAAAAAGAAAUUGUUUAUCAUCAUUUACAUAACACAUAUUAUAUCAUAUUACAGAAUAUUUUUUUCUUAUUUUUUCAACAUAAUUAUGCCAUUGUCCGUUUGAUAAGAUAAGUAAUCCGGUUAAAGGGGAUUCAAUGGUACUAAUGCAUUAAUAUACACGAAAUAUACAUUAUAUUUCCUCGAGCUUCGAGCUUUUGAUAUCUAUUUUGUGACAUAUGCUUCUUUUUCGUGACUACUUGAAGUGAUUGCCCACUUUUAGGUCUGAAUAUAAACCAUUUCCAGUACGUGCUUUUGUUUCCAUGAGUGGAUUAGUGAGAUAUGCCUGCUCUUCAUGAAUUCCUAAAAACAGUCCCUUAAAUGUCCCUUCUUCUGGUCUAAAUAUGAAAAAUCUAAGAUCGCGCUUCGCGCUCGCAUCAAUUGGUUAGUGAAAAACGUAUGGUGUUUGGCCUUCAAAUAAGCCUUAGAAUGACCCUCUUCAGGUAUGAAUAUCAGAAAUUUUCAGCUCGUGCUUCGCGCUCGCAAUAUUUGAUUAGAAAGAUACGUAGCAUGUUCUUGAUUACAAUUAGGCCUACUACAAAAGUGCUUCAUGUGCUUUGGUGUAAUUCUGAAAAAAAGGGUCAGCACGCGCUUGGCGCUCGCAUUUUAUUACUAUGGUGAGAUAUUUAUGCUUCUCAUGAAUUCUUAACAAAUUAUCAUUUAGAUGUCCUUGUCGGGGUCAAUACAUACAAAAUUUUCCACUCGCGCUUCGCGCUUGCAUUGUUUGUUUAGUGAGACGGGUAUUACAUGAUUGCAAAAAUUUCUUAUAAUGUUCCUUCUUUAGGUCGUAAACCAAUCCCUGCCCAUUCUCCUGGUCGCGCUCGCAUCAUUUGGUUAGUGAAAUACGUAUGGUGUUUGGCCUACAAACAAGCCUUAUAAUACAUAUUGGUCAUGUGAAACAAACCCCAAUUUUUUUUUUCAUUGGUCUCGGGCUCGGAGACCCAUAUCUCAGUUUAACCGGCCUCGAAUGCACCAAUGAGAGGAAGCCUAUAUGUGACACUUAAAGGUCAAAAGACUUAUUUAUAGUCACAUUUAUUUAUUUUACUAUUUAAAAUGCAAUCUAUCAUGAUUUCUAUGAAAUCAUUUAUAUUCUAUAAAAAAGUUCACUUGUAGGACAAUUUCAACGUCUCCAUUUUUAAUUAAUUACAAGCACACUCGAUUUCACAAGUUUUUAUUUCAGGGCCAUGCAUGGGAAUGAUUUUGAACAGGGGUGCUAGAUUGGAGAAAAAAAAUUGACAAGCAAAAAAAAAAGUUUCUCGCUCCAAAAGUAAGUUGAUUUUGGAAAAUUUCUUUUUAGCAUACCAACCACAUUUACAGGUGGUGCUUCCCACGGUGUAUAACAUACACAACAACCCCUAUCUUGGGGGUUGCUUCAACACCCCCCUCCCUCCCUCCAGCACCCACGCUUCCCAGAGCCAUGAUACAUUUGAUGAAAUAUGCUUGUCGG